UUUAAGCAUGUUCUACCCUUCGCUCAUUUAGAUAAGUAACUAUUGACGCGGAUGGUCGACUUGUCAAAAGUGGCAGUUUAAUUGCAAAGCAUCACAAGAGACUUCCGCAGCCUCUACGCUUGUGCCCAUAGUGACGAGAAUACAUUGACUCAAGCAUCGAACCAAAAAACCUCAACUACUCUGAAACGAAUCAGUGUUGUGACUGUCCCGCUGGAGUCGGUCGCAUGCUUUGGAUCGCUAAGCUGGAGGAAUUGCAGAUCUGAAAUAACAUGAAACGCGGUUCUGGACACUAUCACUAGACAACAACACACCUGACAGGCGGUUCACUGUGGCAGCAUUGUGUUGGAUGUAACAUGAAAUUCAUGGUGGACUUCGAUACAGGAGGGACUCGUGUCAUGAGAGUUCCUGUGGAGAUAUUGAGAACAGCAGUCCUGUUCGCUCUUUGUGCCUCCUUUACAACUGGUGUUGAUAUAGGCAUUAUUGAGAGCCAUGAUGUUGAAGAAAAGCACAUGAAAGCAGCGCUGAAUAAUGUAACAAACAUCCGCUUCACACGAAUAGUCGUUCCCCUUGAACAACCCUUUGUCCUUGUCCGGAAUGAUGUAUUCAACAUAAUAAAUAGUCUACCGAUUCUUCUGGCACCGAUGGACACGUGCAGCACCAUACAGAUCCUGCUGCGACAUUACGGACACAAGAAGAAGAGGGUCACGUGUUUCAGACCAAAUCCACAGCCAGAAGAAGAGGUCUUCUUCUCCCCUGCGUUACUCUUCAGUGCGAGUAUUUUAACUGCCAUAGAACGACUUAAGUGGUCAGCCGUCAUCAUAAUCGGCGAUAACGGCAAUGAGGUCUGGAGUAUAUCUGAAGUACUUACAGCAAGAGGGUUACUUUGCCUCACCUUUACAUAUAAUGCGUCUGAUUCAAAUGCUGUUAUACACGAACGGAUUAUGAAUUCGACAACAAUUGAUAGAGGAUUUCCGUGGAACUAUCUUUUGUUUGGUUCAGACAAAGGCGUGCACUUAGUGUUACAUGAGGCUGAGAAAUUUGACAUCCUGAACAGACGUCGAAGCGACAUGCGGUCGACAUCCCAGUGGCUGGUGGUGAUGCAGGAAGGGGACCUGGAGUUGUUCCACACCGACAGCUGGCUCGACAACGUCGCCAUCAUGGUGUACCCCAACAUCUCCGCUGAUUGGCCCAUCAUGCAGAGUGACAAGACUUGCUGGGGUGACAUAUACACCUUGAUGUAUCGUAAUGUGGGGGACGAGCACGUCAGCCGACGUCUGGCACACGUGGGCAAGUUCAACUGCAGCGGUUUCGUCUAUAACUACACCCAACUUCUUCCAAACCUGGAAUACGGCUUCAAUGGCAGGCUCUUUGUAGCAUCAACAAUGAGGUGGGUUCCUUUCACGUUUGUACACAACAUCUCCGGGCAGCUGCAGUUCGAGGGCCUGUGUGUAGAUAUGCUGCAUGAAUUAUCUCUCACACUCAACUUCACGUACAAAGUCAAGCUCCCUAUUGAUGGGGAAUGGGGCCUCGAGAUAGCGCCGGGUGUGUGGACUGGAAUGGUUGGAGAGCUUCAGAAUAAUCAAAUUGACCUAACUGUGGCAGCAUUGACCAUCUCGUCUUCUCGGCUUAAAGUGAUGGACUUCACAUACCCGUUUGGGUACGACAAGGGUGUCGGAGUGUACCGCAUCCCGAGUACUGAGUCCUCACAAUGGAAGACUCUGUUCUUUCCUUUCUCGUGGCAAGUGCACAUGUGUCUCGCCAUCUCCUUUGUGUUCUCCGUGUGUCUACUCUACUGCCUCCAGUGGGUGAGCAGAGAUAAGGCGAAGAACGACCUGGAUUUGGGAGAUACCACUUUACUGAUCUGGGGGAUGUUUAUUCGUUACAGCUACGACGUGAAAUCGACAUCCCUAGCGACCAGCUUCUUCAUCAGCUUCGUGUGGUUGUUUGGUACCGUCACUACUGCCAUAUACUGUGGAAACCUGAUGGCAUUCUUUGCUGUAGCCAAGGAAACGCUGCCUUUCCGCACAAUACCGGAAGUAGCAGCUCAAAGCGAGUACAAAUGGGGCACACAGGGGGGCUCAUUUUGGGUGAAUAUAUUCGAGUUUGGUAAAUCCAGUGAUUACAAAGCGAUAUGGAGCGGGAUUAAAAAAUUCAAUCAGACGGACCCUAAUGUGCUACACAGCGAUGAAUAUUUGCACCGCGAAAAGGUUGAAGCUGGUAAAUAUAUAUUUUUUGUGGAAGCGGACAUGUUAAAGGGCUGGGCCAGUGAGAACUGUGAACUGAGGCUACUGGAGGACUCCGUAUAUCAAGUACGCUAUGGAAUAGGACUGCCAAUUGAUUCUCCAUACACAAAACUUUUCUCUCAAAAGUUGGUGGCAUUCUCCGAAGAAGGCUUGUUUGUCGCCUGGAAGAAAAAGUGGUGGCGAGGGGAGGAUGAAUGUUCAGACGGGAAGAAAAUGGCAACACGAGCCAUGACACUGGGGGACUUGCAGAGCGCGUUCUAUAUCCUGGUUAUUGGCAUUUUCAUGGCGAUUUUGGCCAUCAUGUAUGAAAAGGUAGUACAGUGUCGACGGCGAUCAAAGUCGGGAGGUACACAACAGCAUCCUGCUUCAUAGUAUUCAGCUGAGACUCCUCUUCUUGGAACAUGGACUAUUUAACAGUGUUGCUUUAAUGACUUAUGUGCCAAAUUAUCAAUACAUGGUGAAGGUGUCAUGUUAACUGCCGUUUUGAAAGUAUUUUAGUUCUAUCAUUGCCUGUCAACUUUAGGGAAUUGGAGGGUUUGUAUCGUUUGUUAAAUCUAAGAGUACGGGAAUGAUGCUGAUCAAUACAGAAAGCAUCAUGAUCUUGGCGGAAAGGAGAUUCGAACCUUCGAGCCUGGGAUCCCGGAUGCAUCAUGUUAGGGAAGCAUCUCCGGCUGAUAUUGUAGUAGCGCUUUGACUACUGGGCCAGUCCUGCCUUCAGCACCUGUAUAAAUGUACAAAUAUACUUGAUCAUAAUUGAUAAAUAUUCUGAAUAUAAGUGUCCAUCCACUAUUGUAUUAUUAAAUCCAAGAGGAUCGAAUCAUACACGUACACGAUUAUAUAUGUAUGAUGUGUCUAUGUAUGUAUAUGUGUGUAUAUUAAUUAUAUAAAUUAUGAUUGUAUAUACCGGAUUGAUUUAUCUCGAUUGCAUAUAUCAAUUUUAUGACAAGAGUGUUUUACUAAAUUAUGUGACCAAACCACGUCCAUAUAUGCAUACAUGCUUGCAAUAUUCAAGCGGUACAAAUAAUAUUAGCAUCUUACAGUAACCAUGUUUCGGCAUUAUGGACGUACCAUUUCAUAUUUAUGGAGAUUUGGAAUUUAUUGGAAAUACAUAAUUUUGCUUCAGAUUUGGAAGAAGCAAAAAUAAUUGGCAUUGUUUGAUGCCUUGUUAUUAAUGUGUUCAUAUCUUCCUUUAUGAAUGACUGCCAAACAUUUGUUUGCAAAUCCUACCCCUAACCCCAAAUAGUUAAUGGUCGGUCCCUACUACAUAACGAAGCUGUCAUGAGGUCAACUCUAUUUGUACUUUCUUAUAUCAAUAAACGUCAUAUAUGUAUA